AUGACCUGGGGCGACCCGGGGAGGAGCUCGGGGAGUCACCCAGAGGGUGAGGCGACACGGCUCGAGGGAUGGCACGAACUCCAGCGCUCGCACAAGGUGGCCAAGUGCUCCUGGCGUUGCCCUGAGCUGACCAGCGGCUACUCGCUGCCCCUCCGAGGGGUCACCGAGUGUCCCCCGCAGCAGAGCGUGGCUCAUUCCUUCCUGCAGGAGUACCUGGCCCCGCACAGGUGCUCCAAGGGGUACCCGACGCAGGAAUUUGUCACCUGCUCGUGCGCGGAGCAGCGCCUGAGCUGCGCCACCAAGGCCACCAAGGAGUGUCCCCCGCUCAGGGAGGUGGCCAAGGGCACCAAGGAGUGUCCCCCGCUCAGGGAGGUGGCCAAGGGCACCAAGGAGUGUCCCCCGCUCAGGGAGGUGGCCAAGGGCACCAAGGAGUGUCCCCCGCUCAGGGAGGUGGCCAAGGGCACCAAGGAGUGUCCCCCGCUCAGGGAGGUGGCCAAGGGCACCAAGGAGUGUCCCCCGCUCAGGGAGGUGGCCAAGGGCACCAAGGAGUGUCCCCCGCUCAGGGAGGUGGCCAAGGGCACCAAGGAGUGUCCCCCGCUCAGGGAGGUGGCCAAGGGCACCAAGGAGUGUCCCCCGCUCAGGGAGGUGGCCAAGGGCACCAAGGAGUGUCCCCCGCUCAGGGAGGUGGCCAAGGGCACCAAGGAGUGUCCCCCGCUCAGGGAGGUGGCCAAGGGCACCAAGGAGUGUCCCCCGCUCAGGGAGGUGGCCAAGGGCACCAAGGAGUGUCCCCCGCUCAGGGAGGUGGCCAAGGGCACCAAGGAGUGUCCCCCGCUCAGGGAGGUGGCCAAGGGCACCAAGGAGUGUCCCCCGCUCAGGGAGGUGGCCAAGGGCACCAAGGAGUGUCCCCCGCUCAGGGAGGUGGCCAAGGGCACCAAGGAGUGUCCCCCGCUCAGGGAGGUGGCCAAGGGCACCAAGGAGUGUCCCCCGCUCAGGGAGGUGGCCAAGGGCACCAAGGAGUGUCCCCCGCUCAGGGAGGUGGCCAAGGGCACCAAGGAGUGUCCCCCGCUCAGGGAGGUGGCCAAGGGCACCAAGGAGUGUCCCCCGCUCAGGGAGGUGGCCAAGGGCACCAAGGAGUGUCCCCCGCUCAGGGAGGUGGCCAAGGGCACCAAGGAGUGUCCCCCGCUCAGGGAGGUGGCCAAGGGCACCAAGGAGUGUCCCCCGCUCAGGGAGGUGGCCAAGGGCACCAAGGAGUGUCCCCCGCUCAGGGAGGUGGCCAAGGGCACCAAGGAGUGUCCCCCGCUCAGGGAGGUGGCCAAGGGCUCGCCGGUUCUCGAGGGGAUCAAGGUCAGGAGCUGCUCCGCGCAGCACCUGAGCAAGUCCCGCUGUGGUCACCAUCGCUCCCGGGGGGCCCCGCGCCCCUCCCGCCUGGCCCCGGCUCCGGCCAAGCGCUCCGGACACCCCAAAAAAAGUCGCAGCGCGUCCAGGUGGCUCUGGUGAGGGAGGGGAGGGGACAGCCGGGGAUGCGAAGGGGGAUGGGGACCAGGAAUGGGAUGAUUGCCCCCGUCCUUGGAGCAGAGAUUUCGGGUGAUCCCCCCCUCCUUUGAGCCGAAGUUUGGGGUGAUUUCCCCCUCCUCGGAACCCAAGGUUGGGGUGAUUCCCUGCUCCAUGGAGCCGGAGUUUGUGGUGAUUCCCUCCCCUCCAUGAAAUCGAAGUUUGAGGUGAUUUCCCCCUCCAUGAAAUCGAAAUUUGGAGGGUGAUUUUUGAGGGUGAUUUUCCCCUCCAUGAAGCUCAGGAUUGGGGUGAUUUCCCCGUCCUUGGAGCAGAGAUUUGGGGUCGUCCCCCCCUCCAUGGAGCCGGAGUUUGGGGCGAUUCUCUGCUCCAUGGAACUGAAAUUUGGGGUGAUUUCCCCCUCCUUGGAACCCAAGGUUGGGGUGAUUUCCCCCUCCGUGGAGUCAAAGUUUGGGGUCAUCCCCCCCUCCUUUGAGCCGAAGUUUGGGGUGAUUCCCCCUCUCCAUGAAAUCGAGGUCUGCAGUGAUCUCCCUCUCCAUGGAGCCGAAGUUUGGGGUGAUUUCCCCUUCAUUCGAGCUGAAGUUUGGGGUGAUCCCCCUCCAUUCCCAGUCCUGCCCCCCAAGCCUGGUUCUACCCCAUAUCGUGCCCCUGUUAAACUCACAGAGCCAAUCCCCCGUUUCAUUCGACCCCAAAUUCGGAUUUUUCAGCACCGGGAAGGUGUCGGGGAGAGGUUGAGGAGCUCUGAGCCACUUGGAACCUCAACCCAACGCCUUGGUGACAACGUUUGCGCCCUGUUUUUAUUCUUGUGGGAUCAAUUCUACUCCGGUUGUGCCACUCGCAUUAAACUCAGGUUGCAGCUG